CUGAAGGACUAACCCCGCCCCACACUUUGCCUGUGGCAGUGGUCCCAUUGACUACACCCUUGGCAUAGUCCAUCAUGGAUACAACUCGGUGUGUCAGAACCUUCAAAAGGCAGUUGAACCCAAGCUUUAACUUGUCCGGAAAUUUAGACUGCAUUACCACAGAGGAGGGCUUCAGUCUUCAGUUCCUCAUGGAAACUUGAAGACAAUUAGCUGUACAGUGAGGAUAGAAGGAUUACCUCCUCCAGAUUGCAUAAAGGCUUAUUAACAGUUAUGAUUCACAUAUUUCUUAUGAAAUCUGCCGUUGGGCAUAGAGCCUACAGACUCCUUAUGGUGCAGUCUAGAUAAACAGCAUACUCAAGGUCCACAAUUAAAUACAUUUCCAGGAAGAAGAAAGAUUAAGUGAUUUUGGCCCUGGUGCCAUUUGGCUCCAUGUAACACUAGUGAAGAGAACGGGGCUGGCUCACCAUUCCAACUCAACAGAUCCUGCUUGCCUUAUAUCACCAACAUUCCAGACACGGCUCUUCUUUACAACUAGAUAAUGAAAAGAACCCUGCAUUGGGAGUAGGAAGACUCACAUUCGGAUGACUGUUUUGUCACUUUUUAGCUGGGUGAGCUUCGAUAUCUCCCCUCCACUCCCACGUUAUUGAUGGCCUCAGGACUGAUGAAUCUUUUCCACUUCCGAGGGUUCACCAAGCGAGAUCAUAUGAAAGAUCUCCGCAGGUAUUUGGUGUUCAAAUACAUCCAGUAUCUCAUCUUGCCAUCUCCCAACACCAUCAUCAGCUUGUUGGGCCUGUGUGCUAGUUUGUAUGUCCUUCUGCUCCUGAUGUCUCCCAACAUUUCCAGGAAAUCCACGGUGGUAUUUAUUCAUAAUGUGGCCCAGGCAGACAUCUUGGUGGGGUUUAGUAUGUUUGCCAUGAUCCAGGACACCUCCCGUGGUGAAAGAUCAUCAUGUUCUUUUCAGAUGAGCCUAUGGCAAAACUUCCAGACCGCAAAUGCCCAUAUCAGCUCCCUUUUGCUCAGCUGUGUGAGUCUGGAAGCCUUUCUGAUCACAUUCCUGCCAGCUGAGACCCGCCACAUAAGAACCAUCAGAUAUGCUAAGGUGGCUUCUAAGUUCAUCUGGAUUUCUGUCAUCGCCGAGUGUAUUGUUUAUCAGCUGGAGUGCUUAAAGGAUGUCGAUGUCACUUCUUUGGGUGUACCCAAGCACACUUUAAUGCUGCUUAACUUCUGCAACACAGCUGCCAUGCUCUUGAAGUUAUUAAUUUAUCCCAUUGGUUUACUCUUACGAAUCAUCAAUGUGUAUCUCUUUUACAAGAUAUUCUUCAGCAGGUUACCUUGAAGUGAUUCAAAGAGACCUUGGAAUGCUCAGUGACUAGGCAGAGGAAGAGAUUUGUGCAUAUGAUCUGUAAAUUGAGACUUAGAAGAAUGUUGAGGGAUGUCUGGCCUUAGUAAUUGGUUCUUAUUGGGUGUUUAUUAUGUAUUGCUUUAUAUCAAAGAGCAUGUGAAAAGUGUAGAGACUGUUCUGGAAGAGUUCACAGGCACUAGGGACUAUGAGGGGAUAAAGAUAAUGAGUAAUGAGGGCCUGUCCCCAAAGAGCUAACAGUGUGCUUAGGGAGACAAGACGAACAUAAAGCAGAAUAAACAAAGGGGGGACAGUAGAAUCACAAGCUACUCAUUAUUCACAUGAUUUUAGCUAAGUCACUUCUUCUGUGUAGGACUCUGAGGGAAUGGAUCCUUUCAGUUCUGACAUUCUGUGACAUCUUGAAUAAAUGAUAUAAACAUAAAGUGCUACAGACUCUCAAAGGAAGGCUGAAAGAGAAUUUGAUUUCUCAGGUGGGCAGGGAAGGCCUGGGUGAGGAAAUGAGGGGAUGUGAGCCAGGGUUGAAGGCCAAGCUGGUUACUCUUGGCUCUCUUGACCAAGUGGAAGUUGGUACAAGCCUACACUUACAGUUGCCUAGUGCUCUUUGAGAAAUUCUUGAUACAAAUUGGACUCAGGGAAGUAGUUCUCCUUUAAUUUCCUCUAUCUAACAUUUCUGGUGGUUGAAUCUUAAGGUGCUUCAAGCGGGCAUGCUAGGUUGGAUCUAUAUGAAACAAAUAUAUUAUUUGUUCUACCUUCUUUUUGUCUUCUUGCUUUAUCUAUGUGGUUAGUAAGUAGUAGUUUAAAUUUUUCUAGAGUUUGAAGGUUUGUAAAGUACUUUACAUAUGAUAUCUCAAUUGAUCUUCAAAACAGCCCUGACAUAUAAGAAUUGAAGGGUGAUUGCCACCAUUUUAUGAUUAAAAAAAAAAAA